AUGGCGCCGACAACAUCCAUCCCCUCUGGUCAGACAGACCAAAAAUUGCGGCCAACGCGUUACACUCCCACUCCGAGUGCUCUUGGCAAGCUAUACAAACCAUUCAAGUGCCCCGGCACAGCUUCUCCUAGGACUUCCUUAUCAGACAGAUCAUCACGUAAACGAAGAAGGAUUGAUUAUUCAGGCACAGAUGGUGAUUCAUCUGAAGACAAAUCGUACACCAACAAUGAUCGUUUAGCGCUUGCAACGCGGGAUGUCAAUAAAUACCCCGUUUACAGAGCGAAAGAGAAGCACCUAGUUUUUCGCAAGGCAUUUUCUGUGCCCCUCAAGGAUAAGAAUACUCCUUCAUACAACCCAAACCGACCGCCUCCCACCUUGGGCUUAAGACAAGGGGCUGUGGUAUCUCCGAAGCCGCUGCACGAUCCGAGUGGCGAGUUCGCAAUCGUGUUAUAUGACCCAACGGUUGAUGGAAAGUCUGAUAACAUUCGGGAGUCCGAGCAGCAGAAUACAACGGAAGACACUCAGAGGCCGCAAUUGGACGCUCCACUAGUCCAUAAAAGCUUGGCGGAAAUUCUAGGCAUCAGAAAAAAGGUGACCAACCAAGAAUGGAAAGUACCUGUUGUGCUAGAUCCAAAGCUCGCGAAGAUUCUUCGACCACAUCAAGUUGAAGGCGUCAAGUUCAUGUAUCGUUGUGUCACUGGAAUGAUUGAAGAGAAGGCGAACGGCUGCAUCAUGGCUGAUGAAAUGGGAUUAGGGAAAACACUUCAAUGCAUAACCCUUAUGUGGACUCUACUUAAACAGUCGCCCGAAGCAGGAAAACCGACAAUACAGAAAGCAAUUGUGGUUUGUCCAGCAAGUUUGGUCAAAAAUUGGGCGAAUGAGCUGACCAAAUGGCUUGGCGCUAAUGCUAUCACGCCAUUUGCUAUUGACGGAAAAGCUUCGAAAGAGGAAUUAACAAGACAGCUCCGACAAUGGGCCAUUGCAUCUGGUCGGUCAGUCACCAGGCCAGUUAUUAUUGUGUCAUACGAAACCCUCAGACUCAAUGUGGAAGAGCUUAAGCACACCAAAAUCGGUUUGCUCUUUUGUGAUGAGGGUCAUCGACUCAAGAAUAGCGACAGUAAUACUUUCAAUGCUCUGAAUAGCCUCGACGUUUCUCGAAGGGUCAUUCUCACGGGAACGCCGAUUCAAAAUGAUCUGACAGAGUACUUUUCCCUUACAAGCUUUGCUAACCCAGAUUUGCUGGGAUCGCGUUUAGAGUUCAGAAAACGCUUCGAAAUCCCGAUUCUUCGUGGGCGGGACGCCGAUGCUUCCGAAUCAGAUCGCCAGCGUGGAGACAAAUGCACAUCAGAGCUUCUCGGAAUAGUGAACAAAUUCCUCAUCCGCAGGACCAACGAUAUACUGUCGAAGUAUUUACCUGUCAAGUACGAACACGUGGUGUUUUGCAGCGUCUCUCCAUUUCAACAGAGCCUGUAUAAUUACUUCAUCACGAGCCCCGAUAUCCAGGCUUUGCUCAGAGGGAAAGGGAGUCAACCAUUGAAAGCCAUCAAUAUCUUGAAGAAACUAUGCAAUCAUCCGGAUUUGCUAAAUUUGAAUGACGACCUGCCUGGUUCUGAAAGCUGUUUUCCUUCUGAUUACGUGCCGAAAGAGGCCCGUGGUCGAGACCGUGACGUCAGGCCUGAGUACUCGGGGAAGAUGAUGGUAUUAGACCGGAUGCUGGCUCGGAUACGACUAGAUACCAACGACAAAAUUGUGCUGAUCAGCAACUAUACAUCGACAUUAGAUCUGUUCGAGCGCCUGUGCCGGUCUCGUCAGUAUGGGUGUCUACGGUUAGAUGGCACGAUGAAUGUGAACAAGCGCCAGAGACUCGUGGAUCGCUUCAAUGACCCGAAUGGCGACGAAUUCGUAUUCCUGCUUAGCAGUAAGGCGGGCGGUUGCGGUAUCAACUUGAUAGGAGCAAACCGCCUGGUACUCUUUGAUCCCGAUUGGAACCCUGCCGCCGACCAACAAGCGUUGGCCCGAGUCUGGCGUGAUGGCCAGAAAAAGGACUGCUUCGUUUAUCGUUUUAUUGCAACUGGUACGAUCGAAGAGAAGAUCUUUCAACGUCAAUCACACAAGCAAAGUUUAUCGUCCUGUGUUGUCGACUCGGCGGAAGACGUUGAAAGACACUUCUCCCUCGACAGCUUGCGAGAGCUGUUUCAGUAUCGGCCAAACACCACGAGCGAUACGCAUGACACGUUUAAAUGCAAAAGAUGCAAGCCAGACGGUAAGCAACACGUCAAGGCUCCAGCAAUCCUGUACGGAGACACAAGCACCUGGAACCAUUUUGUGAAUAGGUGUCUGCAGUCGAUUCAAGAUCUGCUUUUGAGACAGGAGCAUGGCUUGGGUGAGGUUUCAGCAGUUUUUCAGUACAUAUCACACUAG